CCAUUAAUGGAGGAAGGAUUGACAAAGACCAAAUUGAUCUUUGGCUUCCUUCUUGUACUUUACGCAUCAAUAACUUUAACUUGUACCCAUGCCGCUGACACCAUAUCUGCAAACCAAAUCUUUAGAUAUAAUGAAACGAUCAUUUCUGCCCACGAAACCUUUGAACUUGGUUUCUUUAAUCCCGGUAACUCCACAAACUAUUACGUCGGAAUCUGGUACAAGAAAAUACCCAAACGAACCUAUGUAUGGGUAGCCAACCGGAACACACCAGUCACCGAUACCUCCUGCGAGCUAACUCUCACCCUUCAAGGAGUUUUAAUAAUCCAAAACGCCACCACAAGCGAUGUCAUAUGGCCUUCAGCGAACUCAUCAAUGACGACAGUGAGGAAUCCGAUUGGUCAACUUCUCGAUACUGGCAACUUUAUGAUUUACAGUGACAACGUCAGUCACGUGAAUCCUAUAUGGCAAAGUUUCGACUUUAUGACCGACACUUUACUUCCCGGAAUGAAGCUAGGCUGGAACUGGGUUACCAGAACCGAAAGAUACUUAACGUCGUGGAAAUUCCGCGAUGAUCCUGCUUUGGGUGACUACUCGCUCAAGGUUGAUACCAAAGGAUACCCUCAAAUGAUCCUAUGGGAUGUCGAGAAAAUAAAGUUCCAUGCAGGUCCACGGGACAGGCUCAGAUUUAGUGGAGACCCUGAUUUGAAACCGAACCCUAUUUACAAUUUCACCUUUGUUGUUAAUCAGAGAGAAAUUUACUACCAAUAUAAUCUUAUAGAUACUUCAUUCAUUACAAGGCUGGUGUUACAACCAAGUGGUAAUAUAGAGUGCUUGUUAUGGGUUGAUAGCAUACAAGAUUGGAGCCUUUAUUUGACUCCGGAGGGUGAUUAUUGUGAUCGAUACGUGGUGUGCAAGGCCUUUGGGAGCUGCAACAUUGACAAAUCCUCUCUUUGUGAAUGUUUGAAGGGGUUUGAACCCACCUCACCUGAACAGUGGAGGGUUGCAAUUUGGUCACAAGGGUGUCGACGUACGACCCCUUUGGAUUGUGGGCCUAGUGAAGGGUUCAACAAAUAUAUCAAUAUGAAGUUACCGGACACGCUUGGGUCAUGGUAUAACCAGACCAUGACACUUGUAGAAUGUGAGAAUAUGUGUAAAAGCAAUUGCUCUUGCACAGCUUACACAAAUUUGAAUGCCUCAGGGACUGGGAGUGGUUGCUUGCUAUGGUUCGGUGACCUAACUGAUAUUAAAACGAUUGCUGAAACAGGCGACUCUCUAUAUAUACGAAUGCCACCUUCUGAGUUAGAUUUAAUAGAAAACAGUAGAAGCUCAAAUGCAGGGAGAAGAGUACGAAUUAUUGUCCCCAUAUCGAUUGUAGCUUUGGCCAUACUAGUUUCAUAUGCUUAUUUUACCGUUUUCGUACGAGUACGCAUCAUCACCAAGGUGUUUCUCUACUUUUGUUUAGAAGUUAAAACAAAUGUAUUUUGAAUCACAAAAAACCUGCUAAAUCGUUUUCUUAAAUAAUUU